AUGUUGCAGAGACCUAGACGCCGUUGCGAAGGCACAGCCAUGGGCGCUAUCGUUCUCGAUCUCCGUCCCGGUCUCGGAAUCGGUCCUUUCUCCCUCGGGAUGCCUAUAUGUGAAGCAUUUGCUCAGAUAGAGCAGCAACCUAACUUAUAUGAUGUGGUGCACGUGAAGUAUUUUGACGAGGAACCUCUGAAGUUGGAUAUUGUUAUUAGCUUUCCUGAUCAUGGUUUUCAUCUUCGUUUUGAUCCUUGGUCACAGAGACUACGGCUUAUUGAAAUAUUUGAUGUAAAGCGGCUUCAAAUGCGCUAUUCUACCUCUCUGAUUGGGGGACCAGCCACUCUAGCUACUUUUGUUGCCGUAUAUGCACUGUUUGGGCCCACAUACCCUGGAAUUUUCGACAAGGAUAGAUGCAUCUACACGCUUUUUUACCCGGGGCUUUCCUUUGCGUUUCCUAUUCCGGGUCAGUUUACAGACUGCUGUCAUGAUGGGGGAGUGGAAUUGCCGUUGGAGUUUCCAGAUGGGACAACCCCAGUUACAUGUCGUGUUUCUAUUUAUGAUAGUUCCUCUGGUAAGAAGGUCGGUGUGGGGUCCUUAAUGGAUAAGGCUUCUGCUCCUCCAUUACCUACUGGCAGCAUUUACAUGGAAGAGGUUCACGUUAAGCUUGGGGAAGAAUUGUACUUCACUGUUGGCUCCCAGCACAUUCCAUUUGGUGCAUCCCCACAGGAUGUGUGGACUGAGCUAGGACGUCCCUGUGGUAUUCAUCAAAAGCAGGUAGAUCAAAUGGUUAUACAUUCUGCCUCUGAUCUUCGGCCACGGACAACUAUCUGUGGAGAUUACUUUUAUAAUUAUUUUACCCGUGGUCUGGACAUCUUAUUUGAUGGGCAGACUCACAAAAUCAAAAAGUUUGUGUUACACACUAACUACCCCGGUCACGCCGAUUUUAAUUCAUACAUGAAGUGCAAUUUUGUUAUCUAUUGCUCAGAUGCUGGUGGAGGAUCUUUUCAGGAUGUAAAUAAUAGCAAACAGAGGGUCAUUACACCUAGCACAAAGUGGGAACAAGUGAAGGAAAUACUUGGGGAUUGUGGGCGAGCUGCUAUUCAAACACAAGGUUCUGCCAGUAACCCAUUUGGUUCUACUCUUGUAUAUGGUUAUCAAAAUAUUGCUUUUGAGCAGGUGAUGAAGAAUGGUUAUAUUGCAACAAUAACUCUCUUCCAGUCAUGA